GAGAGCACUGCACCUGAGCGGCCUCCCCAUCAUCCCUUGGCUGAGCACGAUGCCGCCAGGGCCCCCGAGAGCAGAGGGCUCUCCUGGCUGGGCAGCCAAGGCCUGCCUGGCCCCUGUGCUGGCGGCGCUGGGCUCCUUCGUGAGCCGGGCUUUGCUGUGCCUGGCGCCGGUCUACCUGGCGGGCUACCUGGGGCUGAGCUCCAGCUGGCUGCUGCUGGCGCUGCUGCUCUGGCUCUGGUGGAGGGGGAACCGCCGGGGGAAGAGGGCCCGGCUCCAGGCCGCCUUCGGGGUGCACCAGAGGGAGGAGCAGGAGGAAGCCAUCCGCAAGGGCCUGGCCUCCCACCAGCUGCCCGCCUGGGUUCACUUUCCUGAUGUCGAAAGGGUGGAAUGGCUGAACAAGAUUCUUGAACAGUCCUGGCCAUACUUUGGGGCAAUUAUGGAAAAAACAUUCAAGGAAGUCCUUGAACCAAAAAUCAGAGCAAAGAAUGUGCACCUGAGAACAUGUACAUUCACCAAAGUCAACUUUGGAGACAAGUGCCCUAAAAUCAAAGGAGUGAAGGCCUACACCAAAGAAGUUGAUAGAAGACAAGUGAUGCUGGAUUUGCAGAUAUGCUAUAUAGGAGACUGUGAAAUUCACAUGGAAUUGUCCAAGUUUAAAGUAGGAGUUAAAGGAGUACAGCUGUAUGGAACUUUGCGAGUGAUACUAGAACCUCUAUUGACAGAUGCACCUUUUGUAGGAGCUGUAACUAUAUUUUUCAUCCAGAAACCUCACUUGGAAAUCAACUGGGCAGGACUGACCAACCUGUUAGAUGCUCCAGGAAUUAGUGUAUUGUCAGACUCUUUGAUCCAAGAUCUCAUAUCUUCACGGUUGGUGUUGCCAAACAGAAUCACCAUCCCACUGAAAAAGAACAUUAACGUUGCCAACUUACGGUUCCCUAUUCCACGUGGAGUAGUAAGAGUAUAUCUACUAGAAGCAGAAAAUCUCGUCCAGAAAGACAACUUCCUUGGAGCAAUUCGAGGAAAAUCAGAUCCUUAUGCUCUCCUUCGGGUUGGCCUGGUGCAGUACCGAAGCAAGACAAUACAAAGAAAUCUGAAUCCCAUCUGGAAUGAAAUGUUUGAGUUUGUUGUUCAUGAACUACCUGGUCAGGAUCUAGAGAUAGAUCUGUAUGAUGAAGACCCAGAUAAAGAUGAUUUCCUGGGCAGCUUGCUUAUAAACCUUGCUGAUGUGAUGAAAGACAGAGUUGUUGAUGAGUGGUUCCCCUUAAGCAAGAUAGCAAGCGGACAUGUGCAUCUGAAGCUUAAAUGGUUUUCUUUGGUCACCAGUCAGGAGAAACUUUAUGAGGACAAGAAUGGUCUGGCAACAGCAAUUCUCAUAGUGUAUUUGGACAGUGCCUUCAAUCUUCCUAAAAACCAGUAUGAAUAUUCUAAUGGUGAAUAUGGAGCAAAGAAAUACAGAAAAGACAGAUACCUCAAGAAGAUGGAAAGGGAGCCCUCUUCCUUUGUUCUACUGACGGUGGGCAACAAGACUCAUAGAAGUAAGACAUGCACCUUCACCAAAGAUCCUGCUUGGGGCCAGGCAUUCACGUUCUUUGUUCACAGUGCUGCAUCACAGUCUCUUCAUCUGGAGAUCAAAGAUAAGGACCGGGAGAAUGCCCUGGGGACCCUGGUGCUUUCUCUUGCCCACUUACUAAAGAAUCCUGAGAUGACAAUUGAACAAAACUUUCAACUGGAUCAUUCUGGUGUGGAUAGCUGCAUUAAACUGAAAGUUGUACUGAGAGCUUUGGACAUAGAGAAACCUGACCCAGAAAGCACCUAUACUGGGACAAAUGCCUUCAAGAAUGUUCCUAUCCCUGUCACAGAGCAAGAUGGAAACCAAGACAAUGCACAAUUGCUCCCACCCCCACCACCUCCCCAGCCCCCAUUGCCAAAGGUAGAAGUGCCCAAAGCACCUGAUGAGGACAAAGACGGGGGUAUGCCUAAAUCCACAGGUGACACACAGGUGAAUAAUGCUAACCUUAAUGUGAAUGAGAAACUGGAAGAGCCUAUUGUGGUAGAAGCAGUUUCUGGAAUCAAUGAGCAAGCGGGUCCUGGUGGCGUAGACUCCAAAUUUUUGACACUGCCAAAAAAAGCUGCUAUGUUGCCAGCCUUGAGGAGACUUCAGCUGGCCCCUAGCCUUGCAUCUAUGGGUUCCUUAGGCUCUUCGAACUUUGAUGUCACUUGCAGCAAUCUGGACCUCAGCAAUGGGAUGCCCAUGGGAGAGAUUCACCUCACUGUCCGCUAUGCCUCCCUCAGACAGUCCCUCAUCGUGCUGGUCAAUGCAUGCAGAAAUUUAACACCCUGUUCCCGGCAAGGAGCACAUCCAUAUGUCCGCAUCUACUUGCUGCCAGACAAAAGAUGGGUAAACAGAAGGAGAACUACAGUCAAAAAAAAGACUCUGAAUCCUCAUUAUGAUGAAAAAUUUGAAUUUUUCGACACAGUGGAAGAUAUUAAAAAACGAACUUUAGAUGUUGCAGUGAAAAACAGAAAGCCAUUUAUUUCACAUGAAAGGAAAGAACUUGGAAAGGUGCUGAUUGACUUGUCAAAGGAAGACUUACUCAGGGGCUUCUCACAAUGGUAUCAGCUGACAAUAAAUGGACAACCCUGCAGCUGAAGCUAACAUCUGAAAAACAAAGGAAUCAAGUGUACAUAUGUAUAUUUUGUACUUUUAAGACUGCCAUCAAAUGACUUUUUAGAUUUGUAUAUUUAAAUGACACUAUUAACUUAUUUUAUAGGCCCAUGUAGAAUACUCUGCUAUAACUUCCCAGUGCCUGUGUUGGCAACACAACAAACUAUGCACUCAGGAACAAGCUUCCAUGUUUACCCGUUUGUGUGCUUGUGACAUGUAUGAAAGUUUACAGUGUAGGAAUUGCUGCCAAAUACUAGUACAGCUAACUGUCACAUUUAACAGGAAGUAAUUCAGAGGCACUGUACACAUUAAAUGUUACUGAAAAGCUCUCUCUAGGCAUAAUAGCUGAGAUGUAGAGAAUUCAGGAACUUUCUGUAGUGCCUAUGAGUGUAGGUAUAUUAAAAACUGUUAUGGCAUAUUACGUUUUGCUAGGAGGAAAGUGUGCCUAUCUAACCAGAACGCAACCUCCUCCUUGGCCUGGCUGAGUGAAGGGAACUGCUGCAGGUGUAUUUCUAAUGCAGCCCUGGAUUAUACUUCAUUAACUUUUGCACUAGAGAAUCCCUAACCUUUUCACAUAAUGCCAAGGGUUAGAAGGGAAGAAUUGUUGAUGCAUAUGCAGCAUGGGGCACCCUAUAGGCUGCAUCAGGGCUCUAUUUUAUCUUCAGAUGAUUGGGGCACUUUUUCAUGUUUGGUGCCACUGGAGGCAGCAGAGGCAAGCCCACUUUACUGUGUGGUGAUUUCAGUGAAAGACCACAUACCAAAAAAAUUUUUGGGUGUUCUGGAGACUGCAUUUUCUCCAUUUCUGGUAUUCAGCCUUCUUGCUCAUAGCAGUUUUAAGAUUCAUUGUGAAAGCACAGUGAAGUACAAGUCUUAUGGUUCUUGGGGGGAAAGAAUGUACAAUUCUAAAACUUUUAUUUAACUAUUGAUGUGAUGAAAGUUUAUAAUGAAUAAAUUGAGUUAUAGAACUGUG